CCCUAUGCAGCACUGGCAGAAAAGGGGACGUGCUAGCCAGCUUUUGCCAGCAUUCAAAGAGUCGCAGCUGGGAAGCGCCUCAAGACGAUUCCCUGAAGGAUGGCGGACGACUUCUACGGCGACGAGCAGGAACCUGAGGACCUCCAGAAGGAAUGGAGAGCCCGGGAAGCGCAAUUCAAGACUCUGGGUUACAGGGACGGAGUCACAGCCGGAAAGGACCAAACUCUGCAGCAGGGGUUUGAGCAGGGCUUCAAGGAGUCUGUCCAACCAGGAUUCGAUUGGGGUCGAGCGAGGGGCGCGGCUAGUGCUCUGCGGACCCUUGGGCCGAAUGCCAGCCUGCUCGUCCGGCCAGAUGCGGAAGGCGAGCUUGCUGAGGUCAGCGCGAGCAUCGCGGCCAUCUCGACGGAAGAUGCUCUAAGGAGUUUCUCCGGGGCCGCUCUUUCCUUGCAAAGAGGUAGCGAUACGGGAUCGAACAUAGGAAACGUUUUGGAAAAUGUACAUGGGGAUGCUUUGCGGGCUUCCAACCAAACGGAAGGUGCAACGUCAAAUUCGAGAACAGUCGGUCGUGCUGACUCGGAAUCAGUAACACAUACAGUGGGUGAGCCUUUAGAAAGAGCAGUUGGGGCCAUGGGCCUGCACACGACUGGAGAAAAGGUGCGGCUAGAUCCCACUCAAACCGAACAGAUGCUGAGGACGCUAGAAGCUAAGAUAUGGUCGGUUGUAAGUGUGUCGCCGGAGUGAUCGCCGGGUAGUCGAAGCCGUAUCUGCAUCCGCAGAGUUGGUUGCAUCAGAUUUACUUUAUCGAGUCACAAGUAUGGUAGUGCUUUUUUCGUCGUUGCACUUGGUUCGAUCAUGUUCGACAAGCAUCUGUCAGCUGUUCCUAG